AUGCUUGCAAACAAUUCGUUGACUGGCGAAAUCCCUCCAGAGCUGGGGAAUUGUAGUAGCUUGUUGUGGUUAAAUCUUGAAAACAACCUACUUUCCGGGCCAAUUCCACCUACGUUGACAAACAUUGGCGUGAACGCAACACAAACGUUCCUCUUCAAUCGGAAUAAUGAGAUGACUGCCGGUUCAGGGGAGUGCUUGACAAUGAAGAGGUGGAUACCUGCUGAUUACCCUCCUUUUAGUUUUGUGUAUACAAUCCUUACAAGGAAGAGUUGUAAAAGCCUAUGGGACCGGUUACUCAAAGGCUAUGGCCUAUUUCCGGUGUGUAUCCCCGGCACAAAUAUUCGAACGUUUCAGGUGUCAGGUUAUGUUCAACUUUGCAGUAAUCAGAUGUCAGAUGAAGAAUUUCAGCAUGCUCACUUGGGUAUCAAUGGCUUCAAUGGUACACUUCCGCCGGGAAUUGAACUAAUGCCACUUGUAGUCCUAAACCUUACCCACAACAAGUUUUCUGGUGAAUUGCCAAUGGGAAUUGGCACCAUAAAGUGUUUGCAAAACCUCGAUUUGUCAUAUAACAAUUUUUCUGGUGCAUUCCCUACUAGCUUGAAUAACUUGGGUGAUCUGAACAAGUUCAACAUUUCUUACAAUCCGUAUGUCUCUGGCGUAAUACCAUCAACAGGGCAGCUGUCCACAUUUGAAAAAUGGUCAUUCCUUGGUGAUCCACUAUUGCGCCUUCCAUCUUUCAUAGACAACACCACAGGUAAUCAGCCGGCAAACAAGAAAGAGAAAUCAGACAAGCCCCCAAAACUCGGUGCAUUUUUGGUUUUCUUUGCUCUAUUACUUGCUUUCUUGGUAUGUGGAGCCAUGACACUCGUAGUCUGCCUUGUGAUGAAAAGCCCCGUAGAGAUACCAGGAUAUCUCUUGGAGGAAACAAAGGGCCUGAAAGACUUUGCGUCAAGCUCAGGUGCAUCCUCACCAUGGUUGUCAGACACCAUUAAAGUCAUCCGAUUGGACAAAACAGCAUUCACACAUGCUGACAUCUUGAAUGCUACAGGGAACUUUUUGGAAGAUAGAAUUAUCGGGAGGGGAGGAUCUGGAACAGUAUAUCGAGGGUUAUUGCCUGAUGGGAGAGAAGUAGCAGUGAAGAAGCUGCAAAGAGAGGGUGUAGAGGGGGAAAGAGAGUUUCGAGCUGAAAUGGAAGUUCUAAGUGGCAAUGGCUUUGGUUGGCCACAUCCAAACCUUGUAACACUCUACGGAUGGUGCCUUGAUGGGUCAGAGAAAUUGUUGGUUUACGAGUACAUGGAAGGGGGGAGCUUAGAGGAUUUGGUUUCAGAUCGAACACGACUCACAUGGAGGAGGCGUAUUGAUGUAGCAGUAGAUGUAGCCCGUGCCUUGGUCUUCUUACACCAUGAAUGCUUCCCUGCUAUUGUGCAUAGAGAUGUCAAGGCUAGCAAUGUCCUUCUUGAUAAGAGCGGGAAGGCACGUGUUACAGAUUUUGGUCUUGCUAGAGUUGUUGAUGCUGGAGGUAGUCACGUGAGCACAAUGGUUGCUGGAACAGUUGGUUAUGUUGCUCCAGAAUAUGGACAGACAUGGCAAGCCACUACAAAAGGUGAUGUGUACAGCUAUGGGGUGCUAGCCAUGGAGCUAGCAACUGGGAGGCGAGCUGUAGAUGGAGGAGAGGAGUGUCUAGUUGAAUGGGCCAGAAGGGUCAUAGGAGAUGGACGAUAUGGAUAUAAUCGAGCCAUAAUACCUGUGGCACUUUUGGUUUCUGGGCUAGCAGAGGGGGCAGAGCAGAUGUGUGAAUUACUUCGGAUUGGAAUAAGGUGUACAGCAGAGGCACCCCAGAGUAGACCAAACAUGAAGGAGGUGCUGGAUUUGUUGAUUCGGAUUUCUGGAAGGCAAAGGGUUUCGGGUUACAGCUCUUCUCCUCCCUCAUCAUAAUGGAGGUCUGGAAUCAGGAAUGAAGAAGUGUCCAUAUAAAUAUUUCAUAAAGUCUACUUUAGCACACACACUUAGACAUCUUUCUGUGAUUCU